AUGGAGACGCAGAUCAUAGCUCAAACCGAAUCUGUGGAUGGAGUUGAAAAGGUUGAAGUCAGAACAGCAGCAGUCGAAACAAUUAGAGGAACCAUUGGAGAAGAUGUCAUGAAGCUGCCUUUAUCGGAUCAAACAAGUUAUGGUGCCCAUGAUGAAAAUCUACCCUCAAAUUCUCAUUCCAGCAACGCACCACGUGGUUUUGAUGUUAGCAUCCCUCCCAAACAUUCCAGUCAUGACGAUGCCCGUAAUAGAGUGAUGGAGACUCUUCGAUUGUUUCGUUCUAUUUCCAGAAAGCUCUUGCAAAAUGAAGCAAAGUCCGAGAAUCAACCCAAGAGGAUUGAUCUUCACGCAGCAAAGAUUAUCAAAGAAGAAGAAAUGGAAGUUAACACAGGCAAGCAAAUUUUGGGAGAAGUGCCAGGAAUUGAAGUGGGGGACGAGUUUCAAUACAGAGUUGAGCUUGCCAUUGUUGGCAUUCACCGCCUAUACCAGACCGGCAUAGAUUCAAUGAAGCACAAUGGAAUAUCAGUCGCAAAUAGUAUUGUCGAUGCUGGUGUUUAUGCUGGUGAUAAGCAUAAUGCUGACGUCUUGUUAUACUCUGGAAAUGGGGGAAACAUCGUUGGGAAAAAUAAGAAGCCCGAAGAUCAGAAGCUCGAGAAAGGAAAUUUGGCUUUAAAGAAUAGUAUAUCAACAAAGACUCCUGUUCGUGUUGUCCGAGGAUUGAAAGAAAAAACCCCUUCAGGUAAGCUAGUCACGACCUAUGUUUAUGAUGGCUUAUAUACUGUGGACAGGUAUUGGCAAGAAACUGGACCUCACGGGAAGCUGGUUUUCAUGUUUGAGUUGAGUCGAAUUCCCGGUCAACCUAAGCUUAGAAAGAAAUCAAAGAUAUAA